ACCAGUUACCUGUUUACAUACUGCUGUACUAAUUAGUAUGUUAAAAUAGUACACACGUGAGUCCAACUUUGGUUUAUUAGCUUGUUGGGUAAAAGUUCAGAGUUUAUUCUGACAACCCGUUUGGACAGUAGGUGAAAUUUCAUUAUUGAUCAGGACAUGGCUGAAAAAUUGGAUGUUGUAGUAGUAGGCUCCUGUAUGACUGAUCUGGUCAGCCAGACUUCUCGACUGCCCAAAGCUGGAGAGACAAUACACGGACACAAGUUCUUUAUCGGCUUCGGUGGCAAAGGAGCAAACCAGUGCGUCCAGGCUGCUCGCCUCGGAGCCAAGACUGCGAUGGUGUGCAAGGUCGGAAAAGAUUUUUUCGGGAGCAGCUACAUUCAGAAUUUCAAAGACCACUCUGUAUGCACAGCUUUUGUGACUCAGACGGCUGAAGCAAUGACCGGAGCUGCCUCCAUCAUCGUAAACGAUGCAGGUGAGAACACCAUAGUGAUUGUAGCAGGUGCCAACAUGCUGCUGGGGGAAGAGGAGCUGGAGAAGGCACGCUCUGCCCUGGCUAAAGCUAAAGUGCUGCUCUGCCAACUGGAGAUCAGCUCACACAUGUCACUUCAGGCCCUGAGAAUAGCCCGACAAAGCAAUGUGAAGACCGUCUUUAACCCUGCCCCUGCUAUUCCAGACCUCCACUCUGACUUUUACAAGGAAUCAGACGUUUUCUGCUGCAAUGAAUCUGAGGCUGAGUUGCUAACGGGGGCUCAUGUAGCGUCAGUGGAUGACGCAGGACAUGCAGGUCUGGAGCUGCUGAACCGAGGUUGUGCUGCAGUCAUCAUCACAUUGGGCUCACAAGGCUGUGUGGUGCUGCAGGCCUCAAACCCCAAUCCCAAACACAUCCCUACAACUAAAGUCACCCCAGUGGACACUACGGGUGCAGGAGACAGCUUCCUGGGUGCACUGGCCUUCUACAUGGCCCAAUAUCCGUCUAUGCCUCUGGAGGAGAUGAGCAGGAGAGCAAACCUGGUAGCUGCAGUGUCUGUACAGAGCGACGGCACUCAAACAUCUUAUCCGUUCAAGAAGGAUCUGGCAACAGAACUGUUUCUGGAAGAAUAAUCUCUUACCUCAAACAUAGCACUAACAGAAUUGCUGUAUAUAAAUUUAUACCACAGCACUCUGUAAUUCUCAAAUCUGAUUGGUCAGAAAGUGGGCAAUAUUUAGGGAAUGACUAUUUAUCUAUAAUAAUAAAUGAUUUACAGGGACUCUUGUGUGUUCCACAGCAUUACAUCUAACAAUAAACUGGUAAAACGUU